UUGGAGAGAGAGGCAAUAUUCAUGGCAAGCUUAUUGCCUACUAGACCAACUGGCCAAUUGGGUAUUGGCGCAGAAGAUAUGCGGACAGAUAAACCGGGAAAUGAUGAAAAGGACAAACUCACAUGAGCCGAACCAGAUCAUUCAUGGGCCCCUACGUAGUAUAAUCCUUCUCCUUCUUCUUCCUUUUCACUUAAUUUCAUCAUGGGUUUCUCUCUAUCUCUUUAAGUACCAAAAAUCACAACUGAAAGAGAAUUCUUUAUUUUGUCGAUCAAUAUCAAAUCCAGCUUCAAUUUUCCAGGAAGCUAGUUAGUUAGACCAUUCUUCUUCUCACCCUCACUCUCUUAGCUAGCUACCUCAAAUCAUCUAUGUCUUUGUCUCCUUUAGGGUUUUGGGUUAACGAAGAAGGCACUGACCGACCGUUAUUCUUCUGAUUUGCUUUCUUAUUCUUCUCUGGACCUCAAAGAUCUGACACUGAGAUCAUACAGUGACAAUACGACUAAGAAACAAGGUGAAUCAUGAUGAACUUUUUGCAACAAGAAAAAGGGUAUUGUAAUAAUGAAGAAGAUGAAGAUGAAGAGACAACAAGAUUGAUAAGACAAACCAGUAAGCAUCUUUUUUCUUCUUCUUCCUCCUCAUCUUUUGCUUCUUCCACGCACAAAACUUUUGGUCCUUCUCACCAAAACCUAUGGUUGGGGAGCUUUGAUUCUCAAGAAGAGUACAAAAGCCAAGAAGCAACAAUCAAUUUUGACAAGACGCUUGAGCUGAUGGACUUCUCACUGGGAAACAAUCAUAAUAAUAAUGAAGAACCCAGUACUGGUACUGGUACAGGUACUGCUGGUGGUGAAAGUAGUAGUAGGUCUAUCGAGAAAGAACACAUGUUUGAUAAAGUUGUAACACCAAGUGAUGUAGGCAAGCUGAAUCGUCUUGUAAUUCCAAAACAACAUGCCGAAAAGUACUUUCCACUUGACUCUUCAUCAAAUGAAAAAGGGCUUCUCUUGAAUUUCGAGGAUCGGAAUGGGAAAGCAUGGCGUUUCCGAUAUUCUUAUUGGAAUAGUAGCCAGAGCUAUGUGAUGACCAAAGGAUGGAGCCGUUUUGUGAAGGAGAAGAAGCUUGAUGCUGGUGACAUCGUUUCGUUUCAGAGAGGUGUGGGUGAGUUAGGCAAAGACCGUUUAUACAUUGAUUGGAGGCGAAGGCCUGAUGCUCCAGAUCUCACAUCUAUUGCACAAACACACCUCCAAAAUCAGCUAAACUUUCAACAGUCAAUCCGGUGGGGUAGACUCUACUCUCUUCCCCAAUCUCUCUCCAUUCCAAGAAACUAUGAGCAAUGGCAACGUCCAAAUUAUAGUAAUAUUUAUCCUUCUUAUUAUGAUCAUCAACAUCAACAACAACAUCAGAUGAUUUCUUAUGAAAAUGCUUCACACUAUAAUUACCCAAUAAGGUCAUCAUCCUCAACACAUCAAAUUGGGGCAGUGCAAGAGGGAGGGAAUGGCCUGCUCUUGCUUGAUUCUGUGCCUGUUGUUCAUGCUAACACUGCUGCUAAAAGACUUCGGCUGUUCGGUGUAAACAUGGAGUGCUCCACGCAAGAAGAGUCUUCACCCGCUAUAGUUCAUGCCCCAAUCAGUUCAGUCUCUUACCUUCCUCCUCUCCAACAAAGGCUACCUAAUAAUGCCUCAUUCUCCACAACGCAAUCUAAAGGAAAAUCUUCCUUGUCUUUUGAUUUGGAUCUCUAAGUUUAUAUAUCUAUAUAUAUCAAGUGAUUGAUAAACACACAAGAAGAAUAUUAUUACUGUGAAAAGUUGAAUUUCUUUUUGCUGUUUCCAUCCCGUCUAAUUGCUAUUUAUGUGCAUUUGAAGAAAAUUAUAGAAACGUUUUAGCAUUCGAAUUAUAUAUACAUAUAUGUUUCUUUCUUCCUUCUGUUUUCAGUACAUUAAUUAGUUAACUGAGGAUUGGGAUUUGUAAAAAGCUAGCUAGAGUAGAGAUGAAAGAGAGUGCAACAAAAUGGAAUUCAAAUCUUCAUAUGUACGUAUAAUAUAUAUUAUUAUCUAUAAAUACGCAUAUUUGUCAUCUUCUAA